AUGGCUCCUUUGACAAAAGAGCAGUUCCACGCUAUCAUCACGAAGGCCGCCAAGCACCGAACAUCAGCGUACGAUUACUGCGCCUCCCUCAGCGUUUUUUGGGAGCAUAACGAUGUCUCUGCAGCAGCAGACGUUCACAAUUUCCAGCAGAUGCUAAGCACCCUAAACCUCCCAGCCGCUGAGGAACUGACAAUUCAAUCCGAUGAUCACACUCCUGGUUGGACCCUUCAAGCGAGAACCCGAGCAAUUCUUAAACGUGCUAAAGAUGCACCUGGCCGCGCACUAGUGCUGCUCCAUUAUACCGGGCAUGCCUACCCACUUAACGAUAUUCUCUGGGCUCAAGAAAACAACCAACGAAAUUCCUCCAGAAUGAGCCUCGACAGAUAUUUUCUCAGCCAUAGUGACGGCGAGGAGACCUUGUUCACAGAUGCCGAUGCCGUUGACGUGGUUUACGUCCUGGACUGCUGUUACGCCCACAAAGCUCUGAAGGCAUUAUCUACAGAUUCUCGGCUCGUGGAAGUUAUUGCUGCCACAGAUGCCAACAUGCCAGGUGCCCUAGGUUAUCCUAGGGACACUCUGACUGGAAAACUCAGAGGGGAGAUCGCACGACGCAUAUGUGACGGUCACAAAUAUGUGGAAGUCGCAGACCUUAUACAGACGCUCAGGGCUAACAGUCCGGUGGUCAAGCCCUCUCACGGUCUUCGAAAAGGCAUUGGUUCCGUGUGCCUUCCCCUGACAGGACUUGCCCAGACCGACCCAAAGACUCUCUCCCCAUCCCUAAGAGCUCUAUUUUCGGUCCAUGUCACGGAUGAUAUGUCUCCAAAGCAGAUUGAGGAACUUGUCAUUUGGAUUGGAUCACUACCACCCGCAUUCCAAAUCUCUCUUGAUGGGGUUUACCAAACCCAAUAA